CAUUUUACCGGUCAUGGAUCCCAAAACUACCCUCCGUCAUGUCUAAAAUCUAGUGAGCCAACACAACACCAACACCUCUUUUAUAUCAAUCUCUAUCGCGUUUUCUACAGUGUCCCCCUCAAUUUUUCCGAUUUCAAUUUCAGCCACCAAUCUCCGCCGAUGACUCUCAUGACUCCUCCUCCCAUCGAUGCUGAGGAGGAUGAGAUGCUAGUUCCACAUUCAGAUUUCGUUGCUCCGGAAGGUCCUCAACCGAUGGAAGCUACACCAGCUGAAGCUCCCAAUGUCGUUGAUGCGCCGACUGUUGACGAUCCGCCGUCGGCGCGGUUUACGUGGACUAUAGAGAAUUUUUCUAGGUUGAAUUCAAAGAAGUUGUACUCGGACGUGUUCUUUGUUGGAGGAUAUAAAUGGCGUGUUCUUAUAUUUCCUAAAGGAAACAAUGUCGACCAUCUGUCAAUGUACCUUGAUGUUGCGGAUUCAUCGACGCUGCCAUAUGGUUGGAGUAGAUAUGCUCAGUUUAGCUUAGCUGUGGUUAAUCAAAUUCAUAACAAGUUCACUGUUAGAAAAGAUACCCAACAUCAGUUUAAUUCACGAGAGAGCGAUUGGGGUUUCACUUCAUUUAUGCCUCUAAGCGAACUUUAUGAUCCCAGCAAAGGCUAUCUUCUGAAUGACACAUGCAUAGUUGAAGCUGACGUGACUGUCCGGAAGGUUGUUGACUACUGGUCACAUGAUUCAAAGAAGGAGACUGGUUACGUUGGCCUUAAAAACCAAGGUGCUACUUGCUACAUGAACUCCCUGCUACAGACAUUAUACCAUAUACCUUAUUUCAGGAAGGCUGUGUAUCACAUGCCAACAACGGAAAAUGAUAUGCCAUCAGGGAGCAUUCCUCUUGCUUUACAGAGUUUAUUUUAUAAGCUUCAGUAUAGUGACACAAGUGUCGCCACAAAAGAGUUGACCAAGUCUUUUGGCUGGGAUACAUAUGAUUCUUUUAUGCAACAUGAUGUUCAAGAACUAAAUCGAGUUUUAUGUGAGAAACUUGAAGACAAAAUGAAGGGAACAGUUGUGGAGGGUACGAUUCAGCAGUUAUUUGAAGGACACCAUAUGAAUUAUAUUGAAUGUAUAAAUGUUGACUACAAAUCAACAAGAAAGGAGUCUUUUUAUGAUCUUCAGCUUGAUGUCAAAGGUUGCCGAGAUGUGUAUGCCUCAUUUGACAAGUAUGUUGAAGUAGAAAGGCUUGAAGGUGACAACAAAUAUCAUGCUGAACAACAUGGGUUACAGGAUGCAAAGAAGGGAGUACUGUUCAUCGAUUUCCCACCUGUUCUUCAACUCCAGUUAAAACGUUUCGAAUAUGAUUUCAUGCGAGACACUAUGGUGAAGAUAAAUGAUCGGUAUGAAUUCCCGUUGCAACUGGAUCUAGAUAGAGAAGAUGGGAAAUAUUUAUCACCACAAGCAGAUAGAAGUGUACGCAACCUUUACACUCUUCACAGUGUGUUGGUUCACAGCGGUGGGGUACAUGGCGGACAUUAUUAUGCUUAUAUACGGCCAACGCUUUCUGAUCAAUGGUUUAAGUUUGAUGAUGAACGUGUUACCAAAGAAGACAUGAAGAGGGCAUUGGAUGAACAAUAUGGUGGAGAAGAGGAGGUGACUUUGCUGAUAGCUUGUUAUGGUUUAUAUAAAAGUUUCUAUACUAUUUUAUAUCAACUGAUUAUGAAUCUAUAUUUCUUCUCUUGUGUGUUACAGUUACCUCAAGCAAACCCUGGUUUCAAUAACUCUCCUUUUAAAUUUACAAAGUACUCUAAUGCAUAUAUGCUUGUGUAUAUACGUGAAAGUGACAAGGAGAAAAUAAUAUGUAAUGUGGACGAGAAGGAUAUAGCAGAGCACUUAAGAAUAAGGUUGAAAAAAGAACAAGAAGAAAAGGAGCAAAAAAGAAAGGAGAAAGCAGAGGCUCAUUUAUAUACUAUUAUAAAGGUUGCGAGAGAUGAGGACCUUCAUGAACAGAUAGGAAAAGAUAUUUAUUUUGAUCUAGUGGAUCAUGACAAAGUUCGUAGCUUCCGUAUCCAAAAACAAACACCCUUUGCUCUUUUUAAGGAAGAUGUAGCUAAAGAAUUGGGUAUACCAGUGCAAUAUCAACGUUUCUGGCUAUGGGCAAAGCGCCAAAAUCACACUUACCGGCCCAAUCGUCCGUUGACACCUCAAGAAGAAGCCCAGUCUGUUGGACAUUUGAAAGAGGUAUCAAACAAGGCUAACAAUGCUGAGCUCAAGUUGUUUCUGGAAGUAGAAGUUGGACAGGAUCUACGCCCUAUUGCUCCACCUGAGAAGACUAAAGAUGAGAUUCUACUUUUCUUCAAACUUUAUGAUCCUUUGAAGGAAGAACUUCGGUUUGUUGGGCGGCUCUUUGUGAAGGCUACUGGAAAGCCGAUAGAAAUACUGGCAAAGCUAAAUGAACUGGCUGGCUUCACACCUGAUGAAGAAAUUGAACUAUUCGAGGAAAUUAAGUUUGAGCCCAAUGUUAUGUGUGAACAUGUUGACAAGAAACUAACUUUUAGGGGUAGCCAGCUUGAAGAUGGGGACAUCAUUUGCUUUCAGAAACCUCUUAAAGUUGAAAAUGCAGAAACAUGUCGUUAUCCUGAUGUUCCCUCUUUUCUGGAGUAUGUUCACAAUCGUCAGGUUGUACGGUUUCGUUGUCUGGAGAAGCCUAAGGAGGAUGAGUUUUCUCUGGAACUGUCAAAGCUCAACAAUUACGAUGACGUUGUGGAACGACUCGCUCGCCAUUUAAACUUAGACGAUCCAUCUAAAAUCAGGCUUACAUCUCACAACUGUUACUCUCAACAACCCAAACCUCAGCCAAUCAAGUAUCGUGGAGUCGAACAUCUAUCCGACAUGCUGGCUCACUACAAUCAGACUUCUGAUAUUUUGUAUUAUGAAGUAUUGGAUAUUCCUCUGCCAGAACUACAAGGCCUGAAAACUCUGAAAGUUGCCUUUCAUCAUGCUACUAAAGAUGAAGUGGUCAUACAUACUAUUAGAUUGCCAAAGCAAAGCACAGUAGGGGAUGUCAUCAAUGACCUUAAGACCAAGGUUGAGUUGUCUAAUCCAAAUGCAGAACUUCGCCUACUUGAGGUUUUCUACCACAAAAUUUACAAGAUAUUCCCCCUGAAUGAAAAAAUCGAGAAUAUCAAUGAUCAAUACUGGACGUUACGCGCUGAGGAGGUUCCAGAAGAAGAAAAGGAUCUGGGUCCUCAGGACCGUCUAAUUCACGUUUACCAUUUUACAAAAGACACAACUCAGAACCAGCAGGUCCAGAACUUCGGGGAACCAUUCUUCCUGGUAAUCCGUGAAGGUGAGACAUUAGCCGAAGUUAAAGUAAGGAUACAGAAGAAGUUACAGGUUCCAGAUGAGGAGUUUUCCAAGUGGAAGUUUGCAUUCCUGUCUUUGGGACGUCCCACGUACCUUCAGGACUCGGAUAUUGUCUCUAGUCGAUUUCAGAGAAGAGAUGUUUAUGGUGCUUGGGAACAAUAUUUGGGAUUGGAGCACUCUGACAAUACACCCAAGAGGUCUUAUGCUGCAAAUCAGAACCGUCACACAUUUGAAAAACCGGUUAGAAUCUACAACUAAGUUAGAGAAAUUAUAUGGUGAAGCCAUUGGCAAGUUACGUGUACGGGGGAAAAGCAUGAAUCAAACCACAUGAACCUAGCAGCAAGAGAAUGCAAGCAUAAUCGAACUUCUGGUAGAUGUGUAAUUCUUUGUGAAAAAAGGUAGCCGAUCAUAUCAUAUCAUAUAGAAGCGCAUACUCUUUCUUUGUGUAGCAUCCUCCUUGAGGUGAUGUAGUUUAGGUUAUAUAUUUCCCCCUCUCAACUUUUAUUCGACUGUAUCUUUUAGACAACCAUGCAUAAGUUUUGGGUUCGUGUUGUAUAGAGGUAUAGUUUGUGUUGUUCUUUAACUUCAAUUCACCCGUUCUAUAUUGUGACUUUAUCAUACAAAACUAGGUAUAUGAGAUUUCUGUGUUAUGCCAUAUUGAUUCAACUUUUAUCA